UAAUGUAGAUGUCAGAGAACACAAACGCGGUAACUACAUUUUUGAAGGAUAAACUUUCAUGCGAAAUUUUCUGACCCAAUACAGAAGAAAACGGUAUUCACCGCCAAAAUGUCAGCGGUUGGGAUAGCAGCAGUUUUUACUUUGGCCAGUCUUCUGUCAGUAAUGGCUGAAAAUUUCAAAUCCCGGAAUGAGACGUACGAAAUGUUUCCUAAAAUGGAAUCCCAGCCUGCAACUGUGGUUGGACGGAUCGUCUCUCUGCCAGGCAAAACUUACAGGCAAGCAUUUAAGGCUUCCAUAAAACUCGGACAGUGCCCACUGGUUAUGGAAAGUGGAUCUAUAAAGACCUGCUCUUAUCAAUUCACCGGGGAAGAAAUUUUCAUUCCUAAAGCCUCGAUGACUGUGGACGUGAGUCGAGUUCAGAGUUCUGAAGACAUUCUACUACAUACUAUGGGAGGCGCAGGAGUGAGCAUUGGCGUCCUUGGAUUGAUUAGCGUCACACCCAAAGUUAAAGUAGCCGUUACUACGAAUACUAAUCGAAAGACGCUUAAUCUCAUCAGCAGCUACGAGAUGACAAAGGGAGUCAUAACUCUGCAGAAUGCCAAACCGAAGACUGUGGUAAGCGACGACAGCGCCCUUUUCCUCAGCGAAAUCGAAAUAGGUGGCAACGAGCUUCUUCUUGUCUCACUCGAGUUCGAAAGUGAGAAGAAGAAAGUAGAAGUGGAAGUAUCGGUCACCUUCAAGAUCCUGUUCAUAACCAUAUCGGCUAAACUGAAGCACGUGCAUCAAAAUUUUAAAUCCAAGGCCAAAGUCAGGGUUCAAUUCAAAUCGUCAUGGCGCAAGGAGUUGGAUGAAACAUUCUCCAGGCUAGAGGAUGCCAUACCAAGAGUUGAGCAGAUCGAAGCUAUGUAUAUGAAAGGACCUGAAGAACUGAGGAAGCUGAGUAAUGAAGAUGAAAACGCUCACAACAUGUACUACUUUUCUUCCUGGAAGCAAAGUCCUUAUGGUUUGAAGUUUAAUCAGGCUUUAGUUAACCACGACUUGGAUUUUUUAACAGAACAAAACACAGAAAUGAAAUCUGUCAUUAAUCGCAUCAACAAUAUCAGAAAUCAGUUGUGGGAUUCCGAAACGCGGAAGAAGAUGGUUCAACUUAAUGAAACUCUUACUGAUAAAACAGAGAAACUGACAACAGGAUUGGAUGAGUACCACAAACUGUCCCUUGAUGAGAGACAGAAGUUGCGAAAUAUCUACGGCAGUAACAACGCACCUUUGUACUACCAGAGAAUGCUAGAAAAGAUCAUUGCUUGAUUUCCUUUUAUUUGCCUGUCUUAUUUAAGCACUACAGACUGUUUGUCGAUGUUUACGAUUUGAGGUUCGUGUAUGCAAGUUCAUGAUGAAUAAAAAACAUUUUGACUCGAUUGGAUAACAGUCAGAAUAAAUUUCGAUAUUACGUAUUUUCAUUUUAAAUUAUGCCUUCUACUGUCUAAACCAGGGAUACUCAGCCUUUUUCUUGCAUCGACCCCUUUUAAAAAAUGGUUUACAGCAUGCAAUAUAAUCAUAAUCAUAGUAAAUAAUAAAUAAUACGAGCGUUUUUCUGUAACGCUUUUUUUAAUUUAA